CAACCUCCGCCACGCGUGGAGUCCUGAGUGAAAACCGAUCUGUGGAAAAUUGGGGAGGAAAUAGCCUUCCCGGGAUCAGCGUGGCCGUAUUGAGUUACGGUGGAGGCCCCUCCCCUGUCUGGCUCGCUCUUUUUUCUCAACCUCUCGGUUGGCUUUCGGAGAGGGCUCGAUCCUACUCACGCUCAGACCGCUGAGAAAAAGCAGGCAGAAGAUGGCUGACUCGACCGGGCACGGAGAGCCCGCAACAGCAGCAGCAGCAGCAGCAUCAACUUCACUGGGGCUUCUCGUGCGCCUGCCAUUCGCUGCCACUCCGUAACUCUGAAACGGCCCCGCCUCGCUCCGUGCCGUGCGUCCGCGGGGUUAGACCCCCAAAUAUUGACAGAGAUUUAAAGAAAACAUGGCUGAGAUGGAGAAAGAGGGCAGACCUCCGGAAAACAAGAGGAGCAGAAAGCCAGCUCACCCCGUGAAGAGGGAAAUUAACGCAGAGAUGAAGGUCCCGUCCAGUCGGCCCCUACCAGGGGUGGGGCAGGCAGGCAGUCUCCAUGGCAACUCGCCCUACUUGAUGAGUUUUGCCGAGAACACCAUGAAUGAGUUGCUUGGAUGGUACGGAUAUGACAAAGUGGAGUUACGAGACUCAGAUGACAUCGAGAUCCGCAACUACCCUGAUGGAGAAAUGCGGCAACACAUCUCUGUCCUGAAAGAGAACUCCUUGCCAAAAUCAUCCACAGUGGAGAACAGCAGUGGUUCUCCUCCACACGCCAACAGCUCUGGCUCUACUCCGACAUCACGGAAUGGAGUAGCAGCCGAGGCGUCUGUAAACCCUUCCUCCUCUAAGGAGCACGGAGGCCUGCCAAUCAUAGUGCCCUUAAUCCCGCCCCCUCUGAUCAAAGCACCAGCAGAGGAGGACACCUCUAAUGUUCAGAUAAUGUGUGCGUGGUGUCAGAAGGUGGGAGUGAAGCGUUAUUCUCUCAGUAUGGGCUCUGAACUGAAGAGUUUCUGUAGUGAGAAAUGCUUCGCUGCCUGUCGUCGUGCCUACUUCAAACGCAACAAGCUUGGAUAUGUGAGGAAUUGCAGUGCCAGAGAGGAGGAGGGCGUUCCGCACCACAGCUUGUCCAAAGACACGCCCAGACUUGUCCUCAAGACAAACAGCGAUGUGCUUGUCUGCGAUUGGUGCAAACACAUCCGCCACACUAAGGAAUACCUGGAUUUUGGAGCGGGUGAAAGACGGCUCCAGUUCUGCAGUGCAAAGUGUCUGAACCAGUAUAAGAUGGACAUAUUCUAUAAAGAGACUCAGGCAGCACUGCCAGGGGGUUUAUGUAACCCUCCUCUCUCAACAAGUGAUACGAAAUCAGAGAGCACAGCGGGUGUACAGCUCCUUACACCUGAGUCCUGGAGCGCGCCUAUAAAUGAGCUCCGCAAUCGCAAGGCACCUUCACCAGGGGGUGCCACCACUGUGGCCGGACCUUCUGGAUCCAACUCGGUGUCACCAUCUGAAACUGGAAAUGUGUGUUCCUCCUCAUCCUCCUCGUCCUCCUCAUCAUCAUCUACGAAAAUCCCCACACCGCGGCCACAUGAAAGCCCUGCAUUACCGCCACCUCCUCCACCACAUAUAGCAGGUUUACAUCCAGCUCUGGGUGUGCCACCUGGCAGCCCACCGAUGGUAAUGACGCCCCGUGGCCCAGUUCCUCUCCCUCUCUUUAUGGAGCACCAGAUGAUGCAGCAGAUUCGCCCUCCGUUCCUACGUCCCCCAGGCCCCAAUAGCCCUCAUUCCAAUCCCAUGAUUCCUGGCAUUGGGCCACCACCUCCUCGGACUUUGGGUCCUCCAUCAAGCCCUAUGCACCGCCCACUCCUUUCCCCCCACAUACACCCAUCCUCCACCUCAACCCUUCCUGUGAACCCUCCGGGUAUGAUGCCCCAUCAUCCAGGUGGCCACAUGCCAGCCUUGCCUUUCCCCCCAGUUAACAUGAUGCCAGCUGGACCCAUCCCAGUUCCGCCCUUUAUGAAUAUUGGCAUACCUUCUCUGGCCCCCUUAGUGCCACCACCAACAUUAUUAGUGCCCUAUCCAGUGAUUGUGCCAUUACCAGUCCCCAUACCCAUUCCGGUGCCCAUACCAUUCAGUCCGCAGGCUUCUGGUGACCGACCAGGAAAUGACGGAACGCUUCCGAAUGCUGUGAGCGGGCGGUGUGAUUCAAAAGCACCACCACCAUUUUCUCAAAGCACCUACAGAGGGGAGGGGAGGGACUUUCAACAAGCCCCUCCCACCUCAGAUACACUUUCUCCAGGAUUUUCCAAACAGACAGAGCAGGGCAAGCUCAUAGUUAAAAUGGAAAACUCUGGUAAUGGAAACUCUGGACACUCCCACAAAGACACACCAGCAGAUGGAGUCAUUGAUUUAACAACCAGUCGUCGCUCCCGGCAACAGCUAGUUAUCCAGAGGGCUGUAACCUGUGUGCAGGUAAAAGCAGAGCCCGGGUUAAGCCCUCCACCUGCAGUUUUGGGUGAAACUGAGGUAGAUGGGUCGGCCAGUACUAGCACAGGUAUAAUAGAAGAUAACCACAGAGAGAGUAAUGCUGAAAGCCCAUUGGCUAGUGUGGCUCUGCCUUGUGCCGACCCAUCCUACUGCAGUGGCACGCCGCCACUUUCUCAGCCAAUCUCAUGCAGCACCUCCACUGUUCCUACCAACACCUUCACAGCUAAAACUGAGCCUGGCUCUGCUACACCCUGCAAUGUGAUUGUUAAUGGGAGCUGUAAUGUGCCUCCAGCAGAGAGUUUGAUCAGAACACCUCCGUUAGAGCAGCGCCCUCUAGUGGACCCCUGCCGCAGGACUGCCGCUGUGUGUGAUGAGCCUGCGGGGGCUGAUUUAGAAGGAGAGGACCUGAAAGAGAACAGCUGCUUGGCAACAGAAAGAGACUCAGCAGGUAAGAAAAUCUCAAAUGACCAGUCUGCCAUUACCGCAAUAACAGGGGAGGACAAACCUCAGAACCCUGAAGAUGACCCAUCUGGUGAGGACCAUGCCUAUGCUCUUCCCCUAAUGCCCAAACCUGGCUGUGUCAUUCAGCCCGUGCCCAAACCUGCUGACAAAACCGCUGCCAUUUUGCCCUGUGGCUUGACAGCCCCAUUAACAGGAACCGUUCCAAUGGAAAUCGAGCCUCCGCUGAAGAGAAGGUGUCUGCGUAUUCGCAAUCAGAACAAGUGAAAUAGAGGACAGAAACAUCUCACCAGAGGGAUAGAGAGGACUGCACUGCAGCAGAGACCAUCAGCUGUCCACAGACUUAAUCCACAAUCCAGCCAAUCAAGAUGUCAGCCUUGCUUGCUCCACUUUUCCAAACCCGCACAUACACGUUGUGACAUAAUAUGCACACAUAUUAUCCAGAUUGGGCAGCAGUCUGCUCCGUCUCCACUCCUUUCGGCUAAACAAAGACUGACACAAAGUGUUCAUCUGGGAAGUAGAUCGGACGUGAUGUUUGACCUUCAACUGCGAUGUCUUCAGGCAUAGUCUGUUCUCAGUCUACUUGUUGAUGAAAGGGAUAUUUCUCAUCAUUGUUAAGAGGACUUUCCCCCGGCUGGUUGGAGGUGGCAUUGCAGUGCGGCAUUACAGUGUACACACACAGAUUUCUGAGAAGGUGGAGCUUAAGCCAAACACAAUAGGUCUGCCAGGCUGCCAAUCAGACAUGCCCAUGAAUGACUAUAAUUUGGAACAGGGCCAGUCAAAUCCUGCCACAGAUGGAUGGACCAGUUUUCUGCUUUGUGUGUGCAUUCAAAGAGGCUCAGUUUAAUCUCUCUGUACAUUUGGAGUCUGAUGCUUCUGAUUCAAUAGCUUCAGUAAGAAAGACUAAUACAGAUGCAGAGCCGCUCUAAAAGAUGGACAGAAAACUGUCUCCUCUCAAAUCCUUAUUUCGCUCUCUCCCCCUCACUUCCUCUGACUAUGUGUAUGAGUAUCUGCAACACAAGCAAAACACUCUGUACUCUUUCUUAACCUCUUUCCUUACUCUCCUUUCUGAGGGAGAGUAGUUCCGGAACGGGACACCAAAAAAUACAGGAAGAGAGAAAUGUACACACCCUGGAGGGAGUACAAAACCAGAAGGAUGGAGUGAACUUUCAUUUCAUCCCUGGGAAGAAGCUGGAAACUCAUCCAUCCUUGGAUAAGAAAACUAGAAGAUAAGUAGUCGGCACUACUGGAGAACAGUGUUUGUGGAUUGUUUGCUGGUUUAUUGUGCAAUGAAAAUUCAUUUACUCACUUAUUUGAUUGAGAUUUACAGGGUACAGACCUCACCAAGCAUUUUGGCAAACUGUUAAAAUGGCUGCUAGCUUUGUGACCAAUGGCUUGGAGACUGUCCCACCCAGUCUGUUCAAUCACAAGCACUCACGACUCAGCAAAGAGUUGGUCUAACACUGCUGGGGGGGUAUGUACACACUGUCCUGAUGUAUCAGUUGGCUUAGAUGGAAAUCAGUGUCCACAGGGGCAUUUGGGUUGGAUUUCUCAUUAUUUAUAUCAGUUUCCAUCUUAUUGCGGUGCUCUUAUUUAAGAAAAAUCCCUCCUGGGUUUCCUAUCAAGAGUACAAUCAUAACCAGUGGAGCGGUCAGUAAGCGUCUCGGGCAGCUGUGAGCUGUCAAUUGUGCAUUCUUGAGGUUCAUUUAGUUUUUUUUAUGCUUCAUUUUUUGCCAAAUCCCAAUCAGUGCUAAAUUAUGUUCAUCACUUCCUUUCUAGCUACAGUUACAAGAACAGUUUCAUUUAGUUCCAAGGUGCCUUAGUGUAGAGUUCACUUACACAAGAUGCCAAGAACAUUUUGCCUAAAGGUAGACUGGGUUGGUUAGGUGGACAUAGAGCCAAAAUGAUUUUAGUUACACAGAGUAAGAGCUGAAUGCAUGGUUAGCACCUGUGUGCAUAGGUUAUUUGUUUUGACUAAAGUGGAGGAGUGAACCUUAACGCCAAGCGUGUGUGUGUGUGUGUGUGUGUGUGUGUGUGUGUGUGUAAGUGGGAAAAGGUGUAUCAAAUUUCUGGCCAAAAUGGAAUUCAGUUUGACAAAACAUUAAUUUUGCCAGUUUAUUUUGGGAAAAGGUCUAAUAUCAAAAGAGUCAAAAAAUGUUCAAGCAAUGUGUUGGAAAUCACAAGGAAGAUAAAAAAAAAAAAUCACCCUGAUCAAAAAUACACACUCUGAUGAUUUGACAGUAUUGAUGAGUGUUCUCCAAAUGGCAAAAUUUUCAGUCAAACAUGAAAAGAGGAACUAAAUAUAAACAUUUCCUCGAGUUUCAUGAGCAGAAUUUCAGACCUUUUUUUUGGGGGGGUAUUGUAAUUUUUAAAUUAUUUAGUUUGUUUUCUUUACUUAAUUUACUUUGAUCUACUUUUCUUUUCUUACUUUUUGUUUCAUUUUAGUCCUUUUUAAUCGUAUUUUGGUUUUUCAUUUUUUUCUGUUUUUAUCUCUUUUUAUCCCAAAUCUCUCCUUCAACCUUUAGCACUUCUCUCUCUUCUUCUUUUCCCCUCUGUUUUUUUUCUUCUCUCCACUCCUGGACGAUGUACAAACAAGAGUGCAAUCCUACCCUAUCCCUCUGUACUUUUUGCUGCAGGAUUCAGUUUCACAGUGGUAUAUUUUUUAAGAGUAGGCUCAGAGGUCUAAUUGUGACUGGUUAGAGUGAGGACUGAAUUUCUCUCUGGGGUUUGUAUGUGGCAGAGUCUCAUUCCACACACACACACACACACAUUCCUAUGUCAGAUUUAUUUUGUCAGUACUGAUACGGCUGGCUGACCCUCCGUCUGGAUGGUGUUACAGAGAGCAGAUUGAUAAAAAAGGGCAAAAUGUCAGAGAAGCAUAAACACACACACAAUGUAUACUCUCAGUCCCCACAAAGAUCGUAAACCAGACAUCAUUGGUGUGUUUGUGUGUGUGUGUGUGUUUAUGGAAGAAACAGUGAAUCUCAGUGUUGAUCUGAGAAUCUUGAUACUGUGUGUACGGCACAACCAAAUGUACAUUACAUGUCUGGAUUUGUCAUGAGGAGCCAGCAACAGCAUCAUAUAUCGCUCUUAUUAUUGACUCAAAUUUCCUCUAUUUUUCCCUCUCUCCUCCUCCCCUUUUUCAUACUCAGCCCUUUUAUUCUCCCUUCUUAUUUGUUUUCACUUAUUCUCUAAGUAAUUAUUUACUAAGUUAGUAUUUCAAAUAUACCAUAGUGAACUAUGGAAGUCUUUUCCCACCUAAGAAAUGUAAUUGUGAGAUAAAGUUUUAUAAUAAGAACAUAAGUCACACUGUGACAUAUAAAGUCACAAUUACAGGAAAUAAAGUUGCAAUUACGAGAAGCAAGUGCAAGAUAUAGUUACGCUGUGAGAUACAAAGUCUCCAUGCAAGACAAAGUUGCAAUUAUGAAAAAUGUCUCAAAUGCAAGAAAUAAAGUCUGCUUUGUAAGACAUACAGUAGCAAUUUAGCAAAAUCAAAGCUGAAAUGGUGAAAUAUGGUCACAGUAUGAGAUUUAAAAUUACAAUUGGGAAACAUAAGAAUCGCAAUUACCUUUUUUUUUUUUUUUUUUUUUAACUCUGAUAUCCAGAUGUCCUGAAAAAAAAUAACACUGUUCACCAAGACAGAUUAAAUGAUUCUCUCUGAUCUAUAUAAUUUUAUUCCCAUUUUCAAACUUACUUUCUCUAUAAUGAUGUGCUCUUAAAAGAAGCAGUUACAGCUGUUUAUGUUGAUUAAUAGGGGGUAUGAAGGACAAUAUAAGGUCACGUCUUACUGAAAUCACUCUUCGUAUAGCUGCACACACCACCCAAACACCCAUUACUGCUUAUCUCACAGAUAUGAAAUAUGAUUUCUUUUUUUUUUUUUACUUUCCUGUGUGCAUGUGUGUAUUUGUGUGACCUUGCUUUUGUAACCAGAGCAGCACAGACUGGGCUGGGACAGAUAUAGCCCUGAAACCCAGCACUGUUGUAGUGUCUGCAGUCCCACGCAGACAAGACAAUGACAAGAGCAAAAACGUGUGUGAAAAAAAAUUGUGUGUGUUUGUGUGGAUGUUAACUAUUAUAAAUGGCCACAAAAUAGUAUAAUUUCUCUCAUAAAAUUCCAGUAAACUGUUGAAAUUUGUUAAAGGUUAUAUUAGAUUUGCUGUCCAGUGCUUUCUAAAUGGCAUGAUGGUGAACAGAGUUUCUUAAGUGAAAAAAGAUCUAUGUAGCGUGUCCAUUACAGGGUUGCCAGACCUUUCUAAAAAAGAAAACAGCUUUCCCCAAACAAGCCCAAAAUAAGUGAUUUGUCUUACCAAAAUACAACACCAUUCCAAAGGUUUGGGGUCAGUAAAACACAAUAAAAAAAAUACAGUAAAACAGUAAUGUUGUGAAAUAUUAUUACAAUUUAACUUCCUGUAAAAAGGCUAUGAAUUGACAAAGUUGAAUUUUCAGCAACUAUUACUCCAGUCUUCAGUGUCACAUAAUCCUUCAGAAAUCGUUCUAAUAUUUUGAUUUGGUGCUCAAGAACGAUUCCUUAUUGUGAAUGUUGAAAACAGUUGCUACUAAUAUUUUUGUAGAUUUUUUUUCAGGAUUCUUUGAUGAAAAGAACAGAUUUUAUUUUAAAUUCAAAUCUUUUGUAAUGUUUUAAUUUAAUGCAUCCUUGUUGAAUAAAUUUUUUUUUAAACUUACUGACCUCAAACUUUUGAAAGUAGUGUAAAUCUAAAAAUAAGCUAUUUUUAUAUGAAAAACAACAAAAGCAUGGGAGGUAAACGAGGAGUCAUGUGCAAAAAAUUUGAGAUAUUUAACUGCUGCUAGUGGUCGGAUAACAAUUUCAUGUUGUUGGGGCACUUAAACUCAAGACUUAAUUUUGGAAAUAAUCCCAAAACAAUGAAACCCAUAUUUAUAAGAUACUUUAUUAAAAAAAAAGUCCAAAGUUGUUUAUAAUAAAAGAACAUGGCAACAUUGGUCCACUAGAGGGAAGUGAAGUGUGUUCUGUCAGCAAGCUCAAAGAAGGACAGAUGAGAAACACAAGCAGUUAAAAUGAACUGAAAUAACAAACCAUAGAGCUUGAGUGCAAUACUGUAAUCCAAGAGCAUUUCAAAGGAUCUACUAGAGAGGCGCCUAUUUUAGUGACCAAACUGUCUUUCAGCCCUGAAGCUGGGAUACAAAAAGAGCACUUGGCUUUUCUGUUCACCACAAUUAGUCAGUCUGAAUGUUUGGAGGGCUUCUGUUUAAUCAGACGGGGGGAGCAUGAGCUCUGCUGUGGCCAAAGAUCAGCCACACGCACAGAAACAAGAUGGAGACGCUGAAACCCAUACACCCAACUCAAAUACCAGCAAAACCAAUCAAUCAGUGCAUCCCUCAUCGAGCAGUGUUAUACAACUCAAACUAAACAAUCACAGCAACGUCAGCUCUACUGUAAUGAUGCUAAAUCAAGAGAACUGGAAAAGCGAGAGGCAGCUUAAAUGUGAGUUUUCAACAUCUAUAGUGUGUGACAAAGGGGUCGGUAAUAUCCUGUAGCCAUGUAAGAAAUGUUUUUUUUUUUCCCAUCAUUCCUGUGGGCGGUAUUAAGAGGAUGGCUUUGUCAACAUCCGGAAUUAUGCAACAACAAAUUCUUAUUUCUGUACUCUGAGUGAGAGGCACUAUAUCUAUGUAAAAUAACAAAAGCAAACUGCAAUUUUUAAGAAUCUAAUGUUAAAAUGUUUUGAGGCGAACAUUUGAGCUGCCUUAAUUCUUUGUGCUCUGUAAUUAACAAUGGCUGCUUGUUUAAAAAAGCAAAACCCACUUUGUAAAAAAAAAAAAAAAAAAAAAAAAAAAAAAAAAGAAAGAAAAAAAAUCAACUUUGUUAUCUGGCUAGUUUGGAUGUAUAGAUGCUUCGUCUGUCCUGUAUGAAUCCGAGUUUUGCUAAAUUUGCCCACCCUCACCCAUCCCACCCCUUUCACCUGAAACCUUGUACAUUUACCCUUGUUGUUAUUUCUCAAUCUUUUUUGUGUACUUGCAGAACAUUUUAUAGUAUUAUUUAUUACUGGCAAGCUUUUGAAUUCAUAAAAAGCAAGAGAGAUGGUUCUUUGAACAGGGUAGCAAGAGGCAGCAAAGCUUCUCAAUGAAAAGUAUGUCUGUUUUUUUUUUUUUUUUCUAAAUUUAAGAAGGAAACGGCAAGAAUAAAAGAAAAAGAUAAACUUGUCUUUUGAUUAUGAAGUUGUUAUAAAACUUGUUGCUUUAAAAUGUAUAAUUUUUGUGUUGUAACAGUAUUUGUUUAACCCAGUGAAUUGCUUAUUAAAAACAAAUAAAUAGAGGCACACUCCAAUUCUCAA